UUACCCACCCAAUCCAUAUAUUUUUUUCUCCGGGAAGCUAUAAUAAGGGCCUCAGAUAGGACCGGCGAGUGCGGGACUGAGAGGCGCGAGCGAGGAAGAGAGAGCGAGAAGGAGAAAGAGGUUAGAGGGAGAGAGAGAGAGAGAAAAAGGAGAGAUCUGCGUUUAGGGUUUUGAAAACCCCAAACAACCAAGAGGUGUGUCUGUUGUGUGCAGGAGUCGAGUGUGAGAGUUCUAUUGAGAGGGAAGUGAGAUCGAGAGCGAAGAGCGAUCAAGAGAGAGCGCAGAGCGAUCAAGAGUGUGCGAUUUUCUCACCCUUUAUCUCGAUUUCCUAAAUUGGUAUCUUUCUUCCUCGAUAAUGUCGGACAGAAAGCUUGUGGUAUUGGGUAUCCCUUGGGAUAUCGAUACAGAUGGCUUGAAGGAUUAUAUGAGCAAGUUUGGGGAACUGGAGGAUUGUAUUGUCAUGAAGGAGCGGUCCAGUGGUCGUUCUCGUGGUUUUGGAUAUGUGACAUUUGCAUCAGUUGAGGAUGCUAAGAAUGCAUUGUCCAGUGAGCAUGUUAUAGGCAAUAGAAUGCUGGAAGUAAAAGUAGCCACACCGAAGGAGGAAAUGAAAGCACCGUCAAAGAAAGUGACCAGGAUAUUUGUGGCCAGGAUCCCACCAUCUGUGACAGAAGCGGCUUUCCGAAGUUAUUUUGAGCAAUAUGGUGAUAUAACAGAUCUAUACAUGCCAAAGGAUCCAAGUACCAAAGGGCAUCGCGGAAUUGGUUUCAUUACUUUUGCGACUGCUGAAUCUGUUGACAACCUGAUGGCUGAAACUCAUGAAUUGGGAGGCUCAACUAUUGUUGUGGACAGAGCAACACCCAAGGAGGAGGAGUUCAGACCAAUGAACCGUGUGGCACCAAUAAGCCGUGUGACGCAGGGUGGAUAUGGGGCGUAUAAUGCUUAUAUUACUGCGGCAACUACAUAUGCAGCUCUUGGUGCUCCUACCUUAUAUGAUCAUCCGGGCCCUGUGUAUGGAAGGGGGGAAUCCACUCGAGGAGGAAUGGGCAAAAAGAUUUUUGUUGGCAGGCUUCCUCAGGAGGCUACAGUUGAUGAUCUUCGUCAGUAUUUUGGUAGAUUUGGACGAAUUUUAGACGUUUAUAUUCCAAAGGAUCCUAAGAGAACUGGCCACAGAGGUUUUGGAUUUGUGACCUUUGCUGAAGAUGGUGUUGCUGAUCGUGUCUCUCGUAGGUCUCAUGAGAUUUGUGGACAGCAGGUUGCCAUUGAUUCAGCUACACCUGUUGAUGAUGCUGGCCCCAGUGGAAAUUUCAUGAUGGAUAACGCUGAACCAUAUGGCGGGGGUUAUGGUCCUAUGCGUACUUAUGGGCGGAUGUAUGGAAGCCUGGAUUUUGAUGAUUGGGGUUACGGCAUGGGUGGAGGGAGACCGUCGCGAACAGAUACAAGGUAUCGACCGUACUAGAGAGAUAGGAGACUUCACCUUGAAAAUAAUUGGCAUUAUUGCGCCUUUCAAGUUUAUUUUUUUGGUAUUCAACUGAAUAUUUCAUGGCAUUUGCCAAUCAAGUUUGGUUAAACCAUCAGGGAAGCCAUUGAAUGGGUAAUGUUGCAAGUGAUUUCAUGCUGAAUGCAGCUUCUGAACUUGGCAUAUCAAAAACUUUGUAUGUUAUAUUCCAAAUAUGGCUUAGGUUGUUUAGAGUGUUUUGCCUUCUGGCAUCUCAUGCCGGAAUUUGUACUAACAGCACAAUAACUGCUGCCAACUGUAGUUGAUAGAACUUACUUUUUUUAUUGAAUAAUUUUACGCAUUUGGUAAUUCAUAUGA